GUGUGGGUGGAUGCCGGCACACAGAUAUUUUUCUCUUACGCCAUCUGCUUGGGGUGCUUGACAGCCCUGGGAAGUUACAACAAUUAUAACAAUAACUGCUACAGAGACUGCAUCAUGCUCUGCUGCUUGAACAGUGGCACAAGCUUUGUUGCUGGUUUUGCUAUCUUUUCAGUUCUUGGAUUUAUGGCUUAUGAACAAGGCGUGCCCAUUGCAGAAGUUGCAGAAUCAGGACCGGGACUUGCAUUCAUUGCUUACCCUAAAGCUGUCACCAUGAUGCCUCUCUCUCCUCUGUGGGCAACUCUGUUCUUCAUGAUGCUCAUAUUCCUCGGAUUAGAUAGUCAGUUCGUGUGUGUUGAAAGCCUUGUGACAGCUGUUGUAGAUAUGUACCCAAAGAUUUUCCGAAGGGGCUACAGAAGAGAACUGUUGAUUCUCGGCCUUUCCAUUGUGUCAUACUUUAUCGGCCUAAUAAUGUUAACCGAGGGUGGCAUGUACGUCUUUCAGUUGUUUGACUCCUAUGCAGCUAGUGGCAUGUGCCUUCUUUUUGUUGCCAUCUUUGAAUGUGUCUGCAUAGGCUGGGUUUACGGCAGCAAUCGCUUUUAUGAUAACAUUGAAGAUAUGAUUGGGUACAAACCACUGUCAUUGAUUAAAUGGUGCUGGAUGGUCUUAACUCCAGGUAUUUGUGCAGGAAUCUUCAUCUUUUUCCUGGUGAAAUACAAGCCUUUGAAAUACAACAAUAUAUACAUAUACCCUGACUGGGGCUAUGGCAUAGGGUGGAUGAUGGCACUCUCGUCCAUGAUCUGUAUCCCUUUGUGGAUCUGCAUUAAGCUGUGGAAGACAGAAGGCACUUUCAUAGAGAAAUUCAGGAAGUUGAUUACACCUAGCUCAGACCUGAAAAUGAGAGGGAAACUUGGAGGAGGAGCCUACAUUGCAGCAAUAAAUGACUGCGAUGCCAAACUGAAAGGAGACGGCACCAUUUCAACCAUUACAGAAAAGGAGACACAUUUCUGAAAGAACUAUCUUUUUUGUUAUAUUUUUUUGUAUAAAUGAAUAAAUAAAUUCACUUAAUUAUAGAGGCUGGCUUGUUUUGCACAGAAUUUUAUUAACCAGUUAAUUUUAAAGUGAAAAUUGUAUACUUGUUUAAAAGUGAUUUUUUAAAAUUACUAUAUAAGUAAUGAUUAUGUAAAAGAAAAAGAAAUAGUAUUAUAUGGUAUGUUAGUGAUGACUUCUUGUAAUAUGGUGAUUUCAGUAAAUGUUUUUUUUAGAAGUUAGAAGGACCUGUAUAAUGUGCUGUAAAACUUUUCUACUUUGAUUUCUGGCAGGUGUAAUGUUGUCUAGAGAUAUGCAUUCUAAUCUGUAAGCAUUUCAGACCAUUUCAGCUUUUAAUGUAUGUCUAUAAAGGGGACCAGAAUGUCCUUUUGGUUUUCU